CGGUGCUCUGCAGCACAUUGGCUGUAGUGUCUGUGUGUGUUUUCUUCCAUAAGGGUCCCAAACUACACCGAGAUUUGGAAUAUUGCGUUACAGUCCUGCAGGAAAAUGGCGGCUGUCAUUCAUAAUCCCCUAAAAUCACUCGGUGACCAGUUUUACAAGGAGGCCAUUGAGCACUGCCGCAGCUACAACGCUCGCCUGUGUGCGGAGCGGAGCGUCCGAAUGCCCUUCCUGGACUCACAGACCGGUGUGGCACAGAACAACUGCUACAUCUGGAUGGAGAAGUGCCAGCGUCGGCCAGGGACGGCUGCUGGACAGAUGUACACUUACCCUGCACGCUGCUGGAGAAAGAAGAGGCGACUCCACCCUCCCAUCGAUCCCCAGCUCCGCCUGUGUGAGCUGCGCCUAGAAGCCGAACUGGCCCCCAAGCGUGAAGGGCCCCCGGGAGAGGCCACCGCUUUAGAAGCCCUCCUCAGAAGUGACAGCCUUCUGGAGAAGAAAAGCAGCAUCACUAAGGAAGAGGAGACUCUGCUGGAGAUACAGAGAGUUCUGGAGGCAGAGGAGAAUGGCGACGGGUUCCAUGACGACGAAGAGUUUGAGCUGGACACCCCGAAGAGAAAGAGCAGAAACAGAGGCAAAAACAGAGCUUCCAGUCGCAGGAGGACAGAACCCGUCAACAUGGACGACCAGGACAAGCCUUAUGUUUGUGACAAUAGAUUGAAACAAAAGCAUAACUCAAAAAAGGCUGAAGAAGUCUGUGGCAAGCGCUACAAGAACCGGCCGGGCUUGAGCUACCACUACACCCACACUCACCUUGCAGAAGAGGAAGGUGGCGAGGAGGAGAAGGAGCCCGAGAUGCCCCCAUCUCCACCACGCUGCUCGGACAACCACAAACCAGCUCAGAAGGGUCCAGACGGCAUCAUCAUCCCCAACGACUACUGUGACUUCUGCCUGGGCGACCAGGACUCCAACAGAAAGACCGGCCAGGCUGAGGAGCUGGUGUCCUGCUCAGACUGUGGACGCUCUGGUCACCCCACAUGUCUCCAGUUCACUGACAACAUGAUGCAGGCGGUGAGGACGUACCAGUGGCAGUGCAUCGAGUGCAAGUCCUGCAGCCUCUGUGGCACCUCAGAGAACGACGACCAGCUGCUGUUCUGCGACGACUGUGACAGAGGCUACCACAUGUACUGCCUGAAGCCCCCCAUGACUCAACCCCCUGAAGGAAGCUGGAGCUGUCAUGUGUGUCUGGACCUGCUAAAGGACAAAGCCUCUUCGUUCGGAGACGCGUGAACUCUAGUUACAUACACGAUCCACUUACACACACAUCUUACUGUACGACAAGCCCGCACACUUACGCAAAAAGAAACAAAAGGAAUCUCUCUCAGAAUCAACAGGUCCAAACAUGCAGGUGGUUUCAUGUGCCAGGUGAGGAGAUGUUCUACCUCUCUAAAGGCCUCAGCACCAUCAGCUAACCCUCUACCUCACCACUCUGUAAAUAUAUUGCACACACAGCCGGACAGGUUUUUGUGUUUUGACAGAAACGCAACGGCCUCCCCUCCACAAAAAGCUACAUGGAGUGUUUAAAUUUCCACUCGUCUUCUGUUUGUGUUGGACUGUCUGGGAAGAAUCACCGUCAGAUUUGAGGUUUUGUGUCUGCUUUGAUGAACACUGUUUGGAUCAUGGUGACACUUCUGUUGUAACUAGAGUUCUUCUCAUGGACGCCUCAUUUCAUCCGCACUUCCAAAACCUUUACUCAUGCGCAAUGAUUCAUAAUAGUUCUGUGAAAAUAUAUGAUCAAAGGGAGCUAAACUGGAGGCCCCCAUCUUCGACUAAAAUGUUGGGAACCACAGAUUCUCAGAAUCCUUUGGGAAAGCAAAUAUUUGAUGCCCUCGAGUUUCACUGUCAUUCACAACGGGAGGCUUCUUCACCUUCUGCAUGUUCAUCAGGUCACAUGCAUUUGUGUUUCCACAGACAAUCAUGUUUGAGUUUGUUUCAUAUUAGAAAGAAAAAAAAAGAUUUAUUGUACUUUUUCAUGUCUUCUUCUUAAAAACGUGACUUCAGUAUUUCCAAAUGAGUGUUGUAUUUUGUUAAG